GUCAUUAUAUCACAGUACCCUGUGCAGUUAGCACCAUUUACCUGCGGCUGUGCAAUUAUAAUUUUACUUAAAUUUACGAUAGUGCUAAAUUGAGUGUUUAAAAAACAUCAAUAAUACACAAGUCGCCUCCUGCAGCAUAAUAGGGAGCCAUACGCCGCGGCGGAAAGACGGGUGCGACACGCACUCGUGAUCUAGAGGGUUGUGUGGCGUGGUGCGGGCGGCGGCCGCGGGCCCGGCACCAUGGCUACCGUGGAGGGGCGGCCGGCGCAAUAUGGCGUCUCGCUGCGGCAGCUGCGCGAGCUGAUGGAGACGCGCGGCGCCGAGGGAAUAGCCAAGCUCAACGCGCUCGGCGGGCCGCAGGAGUUAUGCAAGAAGCUUUACACAUCGCCCACAGAUGGUCUUAGCGGUUCGAAAGCGGACCUACAACACAGGCGAGAAGUGUUCGGCUCGAACCUGAUCCCUCCGAAGCCCCCCAAGACCUUCCUCACGCUGGUCUGGGAGGCGUUGCAAGACGUCACCCUCAUCAUCCUAGAAGUGGCCGCCGUGGUCUCAUUAGGGUUGAGUUUCUACAAGCCACCGGAAGAUCCGACCGACUCUGCACAUCUGGACGAGGAGGAAGGCCACUACCAAUGGAUCGAAGGUCUGGCGAUCUUAAUUUCCGUCAUAGUCGUCGUUAUAGUUACAGCAUUCAACGAUUACACGAAAGAAAGACAAUUCAGAGGUCUACAGUCCCGGAUAGAGGGCGAGCACAAGUUCGCCGUGAUGCGGGGCACCGAGGUGAAGCAGAUCCCCAUCAGCGAGUUAGUCGUCGGGGACAUAUGCCAGAUAAAGUAUGGCGACCUGCUGCCCGCCGACGGGUUACUGUUGCAGAGCAACGACCUCAAGAUCGACGAGUCUUCGUUGACAGGCGAAUCGGACCAUGUCAAAAAGGGUGAAAGUUUUGAUCCCAUGGUGCUAUCCGGUACUCACGUUAUGGAAGGUUCCGGCAAAAUGCUAGUGACUGCGGUCGGUGUGAACUCCCAAGCCGGCAUCAUAUUCACUUUACUCGGCGCCGCCGUAGAGAAGCAGGACAAGGAGAUCAAGCAGAUGAAGAAAGAAGCUAAAAAGCAGCAGAAGAAGGAAUCGCAGCGUAAGAGUCUUACCGGCGGGGAGGAUGACGCAGGCAACAGCCACUUAGCAGGGGGUGCGGUAGGAACGGGGGGUGCCAACCACGCCCGGUCUGACAACCACGUGGCGCCGCCUGCCGACAAGCCAGCCCCUGACGCACAUCACAAGAAGGAGAAAUCUGUGCUGCAGGCCAAACUCACCAAGCUGGCUAUUCAGAUAGGGUACGCGGGCUCAACGAUAGCGGUGCUAACAGUGAUAAUACUGGUGAUAAACUUCUGCAUACGCACGUUCGUUGUGGAAGGGAAGCCAUGGAAGGCGGUCUACAUCAACAAUCUGGUGAAACAUCUCAUCAUCGGUGUCACCGUGCUAGUGGUGGCUGUGCCUGAGGGAUUGCCGCUGGCUGUCACUCUCUCUCUCGCUUACUCCGUCAAGAAAAUGAUGAAAGACAACAAUCUGGUGCGGCAUUUGGACGCGUGCGAAACUAUGGGCAACGCUACAGCUAUAUGUUCGGACAAGACAGGCACUCUGACAACCAAUAGGAUGACCGUCGUACAGUCCUACAUAUGCGAGAAAUUAUGCAAGGUUACGCCUAACUUCAGAGAUAUUCCGGCGGAAGUAGGCGAAACAAUGGUAGAGGGGAUGAGUCUGAACAGCGCCUUCACUUCCAGAAUCAUGCCAUCCCAAGACCCGGGCGGUCCUACAAUGCAAGUCGGAAACAAGACAGAAUGUUCCCUCCUCGGUUUUGUGUUAGCUUUGGGUCAGAGUUACGAUGCCAUUCGAGAGAGGCAUCCGGAGGAGUCGUUCACGAGAGUGUACACUUUCAAUUCUGUUCGCAAGAGCAUGUCAACAGUGAUACCUUAUAAGGGAGGCUACCGGGUUUACACCAAGGGAGCUUCCGAGAUUGUGCUCAAAAAAUGUGCGUUCAUAUACGGUCACGAGGGUCGUUUGGAAAAGUUCACACGCGACAUGCAAGAACGAUUAGUGCGGCAAGUCAUCGAACCCAUGGCCUGUGACGGUCUACGAACGCUGUCCAUCGCCUUCAGAGACUUCGUGCCAGGCAAAGCGGACAUUAAUCAGGUGCACAUAGACAAUGAACCGAAUUGGGACGAAGAAGAUAACAUAGUGAACAACCUAACGUGCCUGUGUGUAGUCGGUAUCGAGGAUCCAGUCAGACCCGAGGUACCAGAAGCGAUCAGAAAGUGUCAGAAGGCGGGCAUCACAGUCCGCAUGGUGACCGGGGACAAUGUGAACACUGCUCGAUCCAUAGCAAUCAAAUGUGGAAUACUGAAACCGAACGACGACUUCCUCAUAUUGGAGGGCAAGGAGUUCAACAGGCGGAUCCGGGACGCUAACGGAGAGGUUCAACAGCACCUAUUGGACAAAGUAUGGCCGAAGCUACGCGUUUUAGCCCGUUCGUCGCCCACAGACAAAUAUACUUUAGUGAAAGGAAUGAUUGAAUCCAAAGCGUUUGACACACGCGAAGUAGUCGCUGUCACCGGAGAUGGAACGAACGAUGGUCCGGCGUUGAAGAAGGCAGACGUCGGCUUCGCUAUGGGUAUCGCGGGUACGGACGUAGCCAAAGAAGCGUCCGACAUCAUCCUAACGGACGACAAUUUCUCGUCGAUAGUGAAAGCCGUAAUGUGGGGCCGUAACGUUUACGAUUCCAUCGCCAAGUUCCUGCAGUUCCAGCUUACGGUCAACGUGGUUGCAGUAAUAGUAGCUUUCAUAGGCGCGUGUGCGAUACAAGACAGUCCACUUAAGGCGGUACAAAUGUUAUGGGUCAACCUUAUAAUGGACACUCUGGCGUCACUGGCGUUAGCGACGGAAAUGCCCACACCAGACUUACUACAACGCAAGCCUUAUGGCCGCACCAAGGCGCUCAUUUCCCGUACCAUGAUGAAGAAUAUCCUAGGCCAGGCGUUGUACCAGCUGUUCAUUAUAUUCUCGCUUCUUUUCGUCGGUGAUAAACUGCUCAACAUACCGUCGGGUCGGGAGCAGCAGCUAGGCGCUGAGCCCACUCAGCACUUUACGAUCAUCUUCAAUACGUUCGUGAUGAUGACGCUAUUCAACGAAAUCAACGCGCGCAAGAUCCACGGCCAGAGGAAUGUGUUCCAAGGGUUGUUCACCAAUCCGAUAUUCUACUCCAUAUGGAUCGGCACGGCGUUAUCGCAGGUGGUAAUAAUCCAAUUCGGCGGCAUGGCGUUCAGCACGGCUGGCCUCACCAUGGAGCAGUGGCUGUGGUGCCUAUUCUUCGGCGCGGGCACGUUGGUCUGGGGACAACUCGUCACCUCCGUGCCUACGAGGAAGAUACCCAAGAACCUCACAUGGGGCCGCGGGCAGCCGGAGGCGGAAGGGAUGCAGCCAGGGCCGGACUACGACUCGGACCUCGACAAGAAGCCGCGCGCCGGACAGAUCCUGUGGAUCAGGGGCCUUACCCGUCUGCAGACGCAGGUCAUAGGUGGCGAGUUACAAGAACGCUUGAUACCGGUGCCCUACAGCAAGACAUCUACCGAUCAAGCUAUCCGCGUGGUGAACGCGUUCCGGCAGGGGCUGGACUCGCGCGGCUCGCUGGCGGACGCGGCGCUGGCGGAGGCGCUCCGCAAGCAGACGGCGCUCAGCAAGCGGUUCUCGCACUCCUCCAGCAUCGAGUACGCGGACAACGCGCGCGACACGCUCGCGCCGCACGACAUCGACGUGGAGCGACUCUCCAGCCACAGCCACACCGAGACCGCCGUCUAACCGCCCCGGCCUCUGCGCCGCCCCGAGCCCGACCCCGACCCCGCCCCGUGACCCCGCACACAUGCAAUAAUUUAGCGAUUUACAGUAUUAAGGGCCGCACGGACACACUCGAACCGUUACGCUGCCAUCGCUCUGACUAUUGAUCGAUACGAUCGUGUAUAGAAUCAUAUUUUUGAUGUAACGAGGAUGAUCGAGUUUCGUAUUUGAUUUCGACGCGACCGGCCGGGGCGCCGCGACCCGCCCGCCCCUGCGCCCGCCCGCCCGCCGCGUCCGAGCAUGACUUAUAUUGUUAACUAGUGUGUUUAAUUAUUCGAUUGUUUUGAAAAUAUUUUAUUAUUAUACGCGCGUCGUACCGCGCGCGUCUGUUGAACAAAUAAAAAAAAAUAUUGUCUAAUUAUUAAUUUUAGAUUUAAGCGCAAGGAUGAGCGAAUGGGCGUGUGUUUUUUGAAAAAAAAAAGUUUCGCAUACCAUCGUGUCAUCUCUUACACGGAAUGAAAUGUUUUAUAUUGCUUUUGUCUUGGACACGUUGUGGGAGCGCCUGGGGAGGAGGCGCGCGCGCGGCUCUCGUCUCAUCUUUUGUAUAAAGUUGUUUCAUUUGUAGCGCAGCAUCAUCGUUUGUACGUACGCCGAGUGAUAUUACGGCCGGCGCGGCCUCCCGCCCACGCACACAUAUUAUACUAGAACUAAAUUAUUGAAGUAUUACUUAAGGUGUUUGUUAUAAAUUUCAAUAACUUUUUUUUUGUUUUUACGACCUUUCCCCCUAAAUCUAAGUAUACAUUUAAGUCAUAUCUCGAAGCGUAGACGCAUCAAACUGAAAAGUUUCUAUACAAGAACCGUAAAACUGCAUUCUUGUGUAAAAACCGAGGGUAGUCCACCUUAAACAUCUUCAAAAUGUUUAAAACAUAGAAAUAAACAUUUAAAUUGUAUAGCUGAAGGUAUUUAUUUGUAAUGCUAGUCUCUUAUGAAAACAAAAUACUAAUUAUUCAAUUAUUAUAAUGUACUUAUUGAUUAUUGAUAAAUACUUACUUCAAGUUUAUUAAACAAGAUAUAGUCUACGGUGUAACGAAUUGAUUUCGGAAUUUUUUCUCUAUGAGCAAUAGCGAGCACAGGCGGGCGCGCACCGCCGUGCAGGAGCGUUGGGCGCAUGUUGGCGAGCAUGCUUGUGUUCGCGCGCGAGCAUGUUCGCGAGCACGUUCGCCGCACGGCCGCACGCGAUGCGCGCGCGCUUACACCAACAUAGGCGACAUAGGAUCGCAGCAGUGGCAUUUUUCAACUUAUAACGUAAGACAUGUACUUUAUCGAUUUAGUGACGAGUUGAAACCGCAGUCGCACCAGAGCGGCGCGAACCGCUCGCCGCCCACUUGUUUUUAGUGAUAAAUUGAAUCAAAACGAUUUAGCGAAUCGGCAAUGUUCAAUUUUGUAUAGAACGUUUCAUAGUAGCGGUAUUGAAGAGUUGUUACGUUUCAUUUGUGAGGCUCGUUCGUAGCGCUCGCCGGCCGGACCACUGGCGCGACAACUAUUAAACAAACUAUUAAACAAUCUUGUAAGUAAAAUUAAGUAUUAGCUUCGAAUCAAUAAAGCCUUUUUAAAAAAAUUAGUUAAAAAAAUGAAACUAUUGAAACUUCACAUGUUUAAAAUAAAAAAAUAAUAAAUUAGUUAUGAUUUCAGUGAAUAGAGGUCAUGGUAUCGUUUUGUGUAUAUUAUUAUAUAUAUCUUUCUUUUUUGUUUCGUUGAUAUUCGUUACCACGAGUUCCCCAAUGAAAGACAUAAAUUAGGAGUCUAUACUGUAAUGUAGUGUUGCGUGGAGACGCGCGACCAUAUACCUAACAAUAAAUUGUUUUGACACGACAGUCUGCCACUAACCAUUUUAGGUGAUAAGUCCCAUUGUUGUAUUUUUCGUCUCACAAUAAAUGAAAUCUAUUUUAUUGUUUUUAAAUGCUGUAGUUUUAUUUUUCACAAACCAAUCUACGGAGCUCGAUAGCGCAUUUGGCC